CUGCUUCAUUGUUACACCAACUUUCCCACGAAGCUCCAAAUUGGUGCAUAUAUACAUAACCCACAUUUUACUAAUAUUCGAUAUCAGAUUCUCAUGAUAUCUUCUCCAAGAUGUCGACAAACGCACCACAAACAUUGUCGGUGAUGCGAAAGCGCAAUGAGGCGCCUGUGGAUUCACUAGUGGUCGAGCACAAUAACAAGCGUUUCAACAAUGACCUACAUCCAUCAUCUUCCACGACUUCGCUGAAGAGGAAAUUCGAUCGAGACGCUGAAGCGCAAUCAAGUACUGCAGCAGAUGACACCCCCGCCUCCGCUGACCCAGGAGGAAAGCGAUUGAAAGGGCAUACGAGAAAUGGAACCGUGAUCUGGAGGCGCAUUCGAGUCCCGCAUUCCGCCGAGUCGCGAACUUUGGCAGCACCUCCCCCGCAAACACCAAAUCGUCGCUUCCACGUAUCUCACACGGAUGGAAAGCGGGUACUCGUAGAACGACCACACGUCUUAGAAGGAAAUGACGACGGCAAGAAUGUUUCACAAGAAGGAGAAACUAUUCACCAGAUACCUGUGCCUAAACCCCAGCCCUCACCACCACUCAAGAGACCGGGAGCAAACACCGCAAACCGCCUCAAAGCAUCUCAGCCCAGCACGCCGGCUAAACCCAAGCCUAUCCGCCUCGGCCCCUCGGAAGAAACAAUUCGUCAGUUUGAGCAGUUCUCAGAGCAGGUCGAGAAUGAAGAGAUAGCAAAGGCAGCAGUAGGGACUCCCCACCGAUCCCCACUCAAAUUCAAGCCCACGGUGCCCAAGCUGCGCUACAAGGACCGUCAUCCGGAACAAUUCGCCGAUGCCAUGGACGUAGACACCGACGAGUACGUCUACGACACAUACGUCCGUGAGAUCAUUAUGCCCGACGCGGACGGAAACAUUCCAGAGUUCGAGGGCACGGUCGGAUUCAUCGUACUGGCCGAGGAGGACGAAGAAUGGUGGUUUGGCGAGGACACGAGUGAUAAGGAGUUCGACACCGAUGACGAGGACGAGAACGCGGAAGACUACUACGCGAACGAUUACCCCGAGGACGAAAUGAGCUCCGAAGACGAGUUCGAUAGGGGGGCGUACAAUUAUUUCCAUGGAGAGUCCGACGAAGAGUACGACCUGGCGGAUGAAGUUGGAGAUGACGAUGACAAGCAUUUCCGUGCUGUCGCGCCGAAGGCGAGGACAGGGUACUGGGGCGGGCUUGGGGAGAAGGAUUGAUCAAUUGGAUGAAUCGUGAACGUCAUCUCAUAUUGGAAUACAUAGGAAUGAGGAACUCCUGGAGACAAAAGUCUGUUCCAGUAUUUGCAAUCACCACAUGCCCAACGUUUGGCCCACUUUGGAUACUCCCUGGGCUUACCUAGAAUAUUUGAAUAUUCUAAGGAUAUCAGAAUGAAUCGAAAAACACACACACACACACACACACACACACACACACACACACACACGGUUCAUAAGCCCACACACAAUCUGCUCAUAAUGAUU